AUGUCAGCAAUAAGCCCAGCUUUGCUCUACUCAUACUUCCUUGAUGCCGCCACGGCCAUCAUCGGCUCACUCCUUAUUUACUCUGGUGUAUUAGGAACCUUUAUCGAUCCUCUUCGCUUGGCAAAAUUCUUUGGCCUUCCGACUGCAACCUCGGAGAAUGUUGUUCUGUUUCCUUCUGCGACAGGUCGUAACCUUGGUGCUGGAAUCUUUGUCUGGAUCUUGACGUUGUUAGGGGAGCGAAAGGCGUUGGGCAUAUUCCUCCUAUGCUGGACAUGGGCAGGCAUCGCGGAUACCAAGAUUCUUUACGAGCACCCACACGGACAAAGCCAGGGAAUGCACAUCCGGAACAUUUUUAUAUUGCUAGUGCUGGGUCCUCUGUUGAUCCAAUCAGCAGCACCAUAA